UGGCUGAUAAAUAUAUUCAAGAAAAAAUAAUAUUUUUCAAAAUGUUUUACAAAGUAUUUUUUGUAGUUUUAAUUGCAGUUAUUUUUGUUGAGUCAAAACCAACUCUUUUUGAUAAAGACGGUAACCGUACACCGCUUGGUCAAACUGUAGAAAAUGCUGAAAAAUCUGCAAGUGGUUUUUUUCACCGAGCAAUAGAAAGAGUUCAAAAGGCAGGAAGUGCAGUUGGAGAAUCAUUCAAAGAAGUAGUGAAUGAAGAUAUUAAGGCAACUCAAAAUGCAAUCGACGCUACACGAGCUGCUGGUAAACAAGUAGCUGAAGCUGUUAAAGAUAAAAUCGCAGCUGCACGCGCUAUAGUAGAAACAAUACCAAGAGCUGUUAUCAAAGCUGCUGAUAGACUUGCAUCAACCGAAAAACCAUAAAAAAAAAAAAACUUGAUAAUCUAUUAAAUAUAAAUGUGUAUUUCAAGUAUAUGAACUAUGUCAAAUUUUUAAAUAUAAAAAAAAUAACGAUUGUCAAUGUAUAUCGUAAAUUAUUGUCACAAAAUUAAGAAAGAAAAAAAUAAAAAUGAAUUUUAGACAUGAAAAAAUUUAGAAAAAAAAAAAACAAGUGUUUUUUUUCUUCAUAAAAUAAUUAAUUCAAAGUUUAAUUAUUUUCUUGUUUUUAGUUUUCAAUAAAUUAUUCAUAAUUUAACAUGUCACAUCAUAAGAAUAUUAUAUUUUUAUUAAAC